AUGACACGAUGUUUAGACAAAGUGAUCGGAAGACAGAAGUCCAAUGUUUUGUCUUUAAAAAGUCUUUGUGCUAAGACUUUUGAAAUGCUUCACUUGAAAGCAAAAUUCUCAUUAUUCCAUCACUGUAGUUCAGUAGUUUCCACUAUGAACGAGCACUUGGUUCAACCCCAUGACGGCGUUUCCGCCGAAGCAUCUGCGCUAAAACUGAUGGCUGCCACGGCGGUCCUGGCUUUCCUUUUGCACGUCUUUUGGCGUUGCUGUUGCUCAUGUUUCCGUCAUGUCAAGAGAUGUUAUUACUCUUAUUUUUCUUCUUGUUCCUCUUCCUCGGCCGCCACCAUGGACCCGUCGGCGAUCGCUGGCGUGGAGAAGAUCCUUAACUACAAGUUCAAAAACAAACGCCUCCUCGAGGAAGCUCUGACGCAUUCUUCGUUCAGCAAUACGGUGUCGUUCGAAAGACUAGAGUUCAUCGGCGACGCCUCGCUCGGCUUGGCGGUCGCUACUCAUUUCUUUCGUUUGGGGCAGCUGAAGCUAACCCCAGGCCAGCUCACUAAACUCCGAGAAAAGUGCGUAAGCAACGCGAAGCUCGCGCGCGUGGCGGCUGAUCAUGGCCUUUACUGGUUGCUCAGGAAAUACAACACUGCUAGUCUUGACGACAAUGUAAGGGAGUAUGAAAGGGCAGUGAAAGAUGCAGCUGAUGACCAUAACAUUACAGUUAAAAAUCCAGACAUAUUGGCUGAUGUUGUAGAGGCUCUGGCAGGUGCUGUUUAUUUGGACGUCAAUUUUGAUCUAGACAAGCUGUGGACGAAAAGUGAAAGGUGAAGGUCCCUCACAUGAGAGGAAAUAUGCGUAUUCAGUUGCAAUUGAAAUUGAAGACGUUGUGCUCGGCAUGGUGGG